GGAGAUUUGUGGAUAACAUAAAAAAUCGAACUCCUGGUCACCAAUUGCUGGCUACGCCACUGUGGAAGUAUGCAGAAAAUGGAAACUGAAGACAAGAUUUAUGAAGAUAACGCAAAGAAUGCCUUUAAUAAGGUUUCAACAUUUGCUGAAUAUGAUGAAGUGCACAAUCAUUACAAGAAUACAGCAGAGACCUAUGACAAGAUGACAGCGAGCUUGAAUUAUAAUGGUCCAAAAGAUCUACUUAAAGAGUUAUUUGAAGUUGGGAUGAAGUGUGACUGGAAGAUUCUGGAUGUGGCAGCUGGCACUGGGAUACUUGGAAGAGAGUUACAACUGAAUGGUUGCUUCAACAUUGAUGCUUUGGAUUGUUGUCAGCAAAUGCUAGAUAAGGCAAAGGAAAAGAAUAUAUACAGAGAGCUUAUAUGUUCAAAAGUUGGAGACGGCGCAGUCCUACCCAUAGGGAGCAACACAUACGAUGCUGUUGUUAUGAGCGGAGCAUUCUUUCCAGAACAUCUCCAAACUGAUAGCUAUUUGGAACUGACUAGGAUAGUUAAGUCAGGUGGCCUGAUCGGCAACAUUCACCGAAAAAGCAUUCUAAAACACCCAAACUAUCUUGGCCUCAGUAACUUCAUCAAGUCCUAUGAGGAAGAAAAUAUUUGGCGUUUGAUCAAAGAGAAAGUGACAAAAAAUUACUAUAAUGGUGUGGAUGGUAUGUUACAAGUAUUCAAAAUACUCUAG